AUGUCGUGCCUGUUGCUGGGAGUCAUACGAAGGCAUGGUGGCGUUGGGGCAAGUGUCGGGGUUCGGUCCCUGGCCUCCAUCCCCUCGCUGCCCCCGGCGGUGGCCGAGUUUGUGAAGGGAGCGGUGGCUGAAUGUAAGCCCGCCGGUGUGCACGUGGUGACGGGGACGCCGGAGGAAGCGGCCAACAUCCUGGCAGGUCUGGAGAGGGACGGGAUGGUCAAGAAGCUCUCCAAAUAUGAGAACUGUUGGUUGGCGCGUACAGACCCGAAGGACGUUGCUCGGGUGGAAAGCAAGACUGUGAUUGUGACCAAGAGCCAGAGGGACACCAUCCCCAUCCCUGCUGGAGGGGCGAAGAGCCAGCUGGGCAGCUGGAUGAGCGAGUCUGACUGGCAGAAAGCCAGACAGGAGCGUUUCCCGGGCUGCAUGGCAGGUCGGACCAUGUAUGUGAUUCCCUUCAGUAUGGGUCCUGUAGGCUCCUCUCUGACUAAAUAUGGUGUCCAGGUGACGGACUCACCUUACGUCGUGGCCAGUAUGGGGAUCAUGACGCGCAUGGGCUCUCCGGUCCUGAAAAAACUGGCCGAAGGAGCGGAGUUCGUCCGCUGUCAGCACUCUUUAGGACGACCUUUACCCCUCAAAGCCCCUCUGGUCAACUCGUGGCCCUGUAACCCAGAGAAGGUGCUGAUAUCUCACCUGCCAGACACCAGGCAGAUCAUGUCCUUCGGCAGCGGCUAUGGAGGAAACUCUCUUCUGGGGAAGAAGUGCUUCGCCCUCCGCAUCGCCUCCCGCAUCGCCAAGGAUGAAGGCUGGCUGGCUGAGCACAUGCUGAUCCUGGGUAUUACCAACCCUCAGGGAGUGAAGCGCUACGUCGCGGCGGCGUUCCCCAGCGCCUGUGGUAAAACCAACUUGGCCAUGAUGAAACCAACUCUGCCAGGCUGGAAGGUGGAGUGCGUGGGCGACGACAUUGCGUGGAUGAAGUUCGACAGCCAAGGGAAGCUCAGAGCGAUCAACCCAGAGAACGGUUUCUUCGGCGUAGCUCCCGGCACCUCGGACAAAACCAACCCCUACGCCAUGGCCACCAUCGUCAAAAACACCGUGUUCACCAACGUCGGAGAGACCAGCGACGGAGGAGUGUGGUGGGAGGGCCUCGACCCCCCCGCAGCCGGGGUCAAACUCACAGACUGGCACGGAAAAACCUGGCAGAAAGGAAGCUCAACCCAGUGUGCCCACCCCAAUUCCCGCUUCUGUGCCCCGGCGUCCCAGUGUCCCAUCAUUGACCCCCGGUGGGAGAGCGAGGAGGGCGUUCCCAUCGACGCCAUCAUCUUCGGUGGCAGGAGGCCGGAAGGAGUCCCUCUGGUCUACGAGUCUUUCAACUGGCAACACGGAGUCUUUGUUGGAGCCUCCAUGAGGUCUGAGGCCACGGCAGCUGCUGAACACAAAGGCAAGAUGAUUAUGCACGACCCCUUUGCCAUGCGGCCGUUCUUCGGCUACAACUUUGGCGACUACCUCGCUCACUGGCUGAGCAUGCAGAACCGAAAGGCCCCCACCCACCUGCCCAAGAUCUUCCACGUCAACUGGUUCAGGAAGGACCCCGCGACCGGCGCCUUCCUCUGGCCAGGCUUCGGCGAAAACGCCCGCGCGCUGGAGUGGAUCUUCAAGCGCUGCAGCCGGGAGAGGGAGGACGAGGCGGCCAAGAAGAGCAUCAUCGGCUGGCUGCCGGAGGACGGCGCCAUCGACACUAAAGGCCUGACCGGCAGCGUGGAUAUGGGCGCCCUGUUCGACGUGCCCAAGCCUUUCUGGCAGAAGGAGACGAAGGAGCUGAGAGCCUACUUCACUCAGCAAGUCGGAGCUGAUCUGCCGGCUCAGGUGGAGGCCGAGCUGAAGGCGCUGGAGGACAGAGUGCACAAAUAAAACGCUACUGACAGGAAGUUCAUCCAGAAACAGGGAGGUAGUCACUGUUGACUCAGCAUUCAGAUCAUUAGGGUGCAAUCAGAGUCACUGGCUGGGUUUAUAUACACAGAGAACACAGUUUGGGUUUUAUGCUGACAGGUCACUGUGGCUUAGAAACAAUGCAGUCAAAGAUGGUUUAUGGAAGCCACAUUUUGGGAUCUCCAUGUUAUAUGUUGAGAAAAAACCUUUCAGAAAAGGUAGACAUGUAUUUGUUCAAUCAUAGGUUGAAUAAAAAGCUGGCUAGUAGUUAACUUCCUGUUUGCAUGAAGACACAGCCAGUGACUCUUGCUUCUCUCUUUAAUGAAGAGAUUUCUUUUAAGAAUUAAAUAUCAGAGAUAAAAAGCUAAUAAUCUACACUGCAAUAACUUGUGAUACGACUUCACACUAAUGCUGUAACCUUGAUGGAGACUGGUGCGAGGUUGGUGGUAGGAGGGAUGUUUGAAGGUUAGAUUUCUGUGACGUCAAACUUAUGUAGAGAAGCUAAUGUCGAUACCUCCAUUCACUCACAAGACCUGGCAUGGUACUAAAGCACAAUCAACAUAGCCUCAUGGUGCCUUUUGAGACUUUAAACAAUACAAUGUUUACAAGCUGAGGCCCAAAGAUCUUUUUUUUUGGCAAAAUUCUGACAAAAAGUAGAUAAAGUUUUAACAUUUUUACUCAUAAAAUGUUUUUCAAUAAAUUUUAGUACCAGAUCUUUUAGUACACCAUUGACUGAGUCUCAUGAAAUGCCCUUUGAGCUUGAUAUUCAAAUAGAUAUAUAUAUAUAUAUAUAUCAGAAGUCCAUUAACUUCUCCAAAACACCGUAGUAGGUUCCCAUUGGGAAUUACUAUGCAUAAUUCAUCUUGCCACUUUUGUAAUGUUUGUGAUUAAUUUGUUUGAUUUCAGGUGAUGUUUACACACAAUUAUGUGAAAUGUUGGACCAAUAAAUGCAACUGAGAUUAAUAGGUA